AUGAAUUUGUUCGUGAUCACGAAAAUAUUUUUACUUGUUGCAUGCGUUAUAUUAACAAAAGCGCAACGUGAAUACGUGUAUACUCUUAAUACAACAUUUAAAAUCGAUGUUUUUAUUCCGUAUUAUUCACAGUUUACAAUGGACUUGACAACACUUGAAAAUGGUGAUGUUGCUGUUAGCAAUACAAGUUUCAUCAUAUUCAAUUUAACUAACGGAAUUCUGUCAUCUAACACUGAUGGUGCUAACUUUUAUUUGAAAAAUCAAAUUGGCUUAGAAUUUCCAUCAUAUGUACUGAAACGAGGAAAGACUCAAUCUUCAAGUGAUGUUUCUUUAUUUCGAGCGAGUCCUGAAGGAACAUGGUCUGGAAGAUUUGUUGGACCCAAUAUUACUAUGGCAGAUCAGCCUGGUGCUGAUAAUCUAUGGGUAGCUUGUAAAAAUCCAAGUGGUAUCUAUGUAAUUGGAUGGGACCCAGAUUCAACACAUCAACCACCUAAAGAAUGUGUCAAUUAUCCUAAAUAUAACCCAGGUGUUCUCUUACAUGUGAACUAUACGUAA